AUGGCGCAUUACAAUACGAACGGCCCUAAGAACGGGGUUAAAUCUGUUCAAGGGCCUGGAGAACACAACAACGGCAUCUCGCGACCGUUCACGCUGCAGGAGUCGUUGCCUUAUUCACCACAGACAUCUACUGUGCCUUUUCUACCUGAUAUCAUUCCGGAUCCAAGUGUUGGAUCCGGAUCACCGUCACUUCGAAUCUCGGACCUGUUCCCUACCCAAGACUUCGACAGAGUGAACCAGGAAGCUGCGAACCAGCCGAACGGGGCAAAGAAUUUAAAGCAAACAGUUGAUCAUGUCUUGCACGAUUUGAAACCGUCAAAGCGAACUCAAUAUAAAUUUCCUUCCGUGCCUAAUGGAGCCCCGUCAAGCUCGACAUCAUCGCAUCGCAGAAGCAUAUCCCAAAGCCUGUCGCCCAUAGCCAAAGCGGUCUACGAGCGAGUAGGCAGUUUCUUCAAAGCUACAAAGCCAAAUACAAGCAGCCCCAAAGUGGUGAACGGGGAAUUCGACCGGUUUUCGAAGGCAGCUGCAGACUCAGUAUCCCAGAGCCCAACAAUUACUGUACAGCCGCAGACUCCCGCGAGAAUCACUACAGACAACAACAAAGCCAAGUUUGAAGUUGCCAUACCUACGAAAAGCACGUUUGAUCGAUCGGAGUAUGCCGAUGUUUCGGCGGCUGAUCCCACUGAUCAGAACAUAAUCACACCACACGACCAAUUAAUCGUUGAAGCACAGCAGUACAGCCAGUCAAAUCUACUAAAAGCAAAGACUUCUAUUGUUGUCAACAGCAGUGGCCUUAGUAUUGAACUACCUACGACUGGAACCAGUAGAGACGACUAUCAGGAGUUAAAGGUUGCGCCAGAUGCACCUGAAAAUCUCUCAGUUAGGAGGAAAGAGAGGCAGAAUUUCGAUGACGGUCAAGGUCUUAUCGGUUCAAGCCUUGACCAACGACAGCGAGGAGAGGCUGCAGUUGACGCUGUCGACGCCCUCAUGCGGCAAGUCUUCUCGGCAGUGGGCGGCGCCCUGGCUAUGGAACCUGGUUUGGAACAUAUUGUGACCCUGACGACGGAUCAAGAAGCUGCAAUGACGGCCACAACUCAACAGAAAAUGCACACCGCUAUUCAAAAAGUUAUUAACUUGAAGAGUUUCAACAAUGUUCCCCUUGAGAACCUUCUUCGAGUUAUGAAGCUGAGCGAGGCUAGUUUGAAGCAGGCUGAUGGCCUUGACAUUCGUGUUGACGAGAGCUGGGAUGAAACGGCUGUGGAAUCGUGGGUUCAGCAACUCAGUGAAGUGGAAACUGCUUUGAAAGCUGCAAGGACAACCCUACGAAUAAUGUCUGGAUGCAGAGAAGACAAGCAGUUGUAUUCAGAGGCGGCCAUUAAUAAAUGCGUCAACAUAUUCAAGGCUGUGACUGAGGACAUUGUCAUGCCUCUGGUCGAGCUGCGCAAUUCCGGCAGCUCCGCAGGCCUUUUCAAGCUUGUGCAGAAGCACAAAAAAGCAGUCGCCUCGAUAUUUGUCUGCUGUCAGAAACUCUCUGCACUUCUCGCGGAUCUUAUCACCAAGAUUGAGCUAUCAGAGUCGGUCAUCAAUACUCUCGAAUUCACUGCGUCCAAAUUGAUUUUUGUCGAGAAUGCCUACUUUGAGAAAGAUUCCGCUAUUGGAAUGCAGAAAUUUGAUGGAAUUAGAUCGGUUGCCAUGGAUAUGCUUUGUCAAAUCUUUUUGAUCAAACCGGAACAAAGACAAGGCAUCAUAGAUGAUAUUCUGACCUCAUUGGAAAAACUCCCUGUGGGCAAACUGAGUUCAAGACAGUUUAAAUUGGCUGAUGGUGGCAGCAUUCAGCCAGUUUCAGCGCUUCUUAUGCGACUCGUUCAAGCCAGUUCUGGUCGGGUCGGAAGCGGCAAUGGCAGCGGGCAAGGCUCCAACAUUCGAGCCAUGGAUGUCGACAACUUGGCUGAGGACGACGAAGACGAUCGUCCACUUAAGAGGAACCAAGCUACCGCCACUAUUUUGAGCGAGGAACAAGGCGCCCAGCAGCCCGCGGUGGCCAUACAAGAACUGGAAGCCAUUGCAGCGCCAUUGAACGAUGCCGCUGCUCGAAAUGCUUCCUAUGUCAUCAAUUUUAUUGUCAAGCGGGCCAUGGGCUCAACGAAGUCUGGCGACACCCCCUAUCGCAACCUACUGGACCUUUUUGUAGACGACUUCACGACUUGUCUUGACUUACCGGACUGGCCUUCUGCAGAGCUCCUCUUGCGCUUGCUCAUGGUUAUGAUGGUGCAGCUUUUUGAAGCACCGAAAACAGCAGCGCCGGCGAAGAACAUGGCUCUGGAGCUGCUCGGAACUAUGAGUGCUGCUAUAUCGCGUCUUCGGUCACACGUGAAGAAAGUUGCAAGUACAUUUAUCAACAGCGAUGCUGGGGAAUACUCACAGUAUCUGUCAGAGCUGGCGACUCAUUGCCUUGAACAGCGGUGUCCAAUGGAUAACAUUAUUGCCUGGGCCGGUCCUUAUCGUGGGUCUCUCGAAUAUCUACAGGAACGAAGUGCCGAUGACCCUCACCUAUCAAGCGCAGUAUCUUUCUUGAUUUCCGAUUGGGCAACUAGGAUUCAUACUACAUAUGACAGUACACAAGAAGAAGAUUCACAGCGAGACCGAGAGCUAGGCCGGUCGGCGUUCCGCCUGCGAAUGAUGAUAGAAGAUCGGCAAUGGCUCGCAAGCGAGUAUACAUUUAAGUCGGUAACGAAUAACCAGGCGAAGUUUGCCUUUUCGAUUCUUUUGUUACGAUCACCGUUUUGUGAAUCGUUUGGCAAGAUCCUCAACAUUCUCCUCAGCUCAAUGGCAAGCGACCAAGCGACAGUCCGCAGCAAGAGCUUGAAGAGUGUCAAUCAGGUGCUUGAGACGGACCCGUCUAUCUUAGAUGGCGAUUCAACCGUUAUUCAGCUCAUCUUGGAUUGUGCCAGUGACUCCUCUACUCAAGUUAGAGAUUCAGCUCUAGGCUUACUGGGAAGCUGUAUAGGAAUGCGCCCGGUCUUGGAAGCGUCACUUACACCCAAGAUCAUUGACCGGUUUCAGGAUGCCGGCGUGGGUGUGCGAAAGCGAGCAAUGAAGCUGGCUCGCGAUAUAUACUUGCGGAAUCGAGGCAAAAACCUACGCAGCGCGAUUGCUAAUGGUCUGCUCCGCCGCAUUCAAGACCCUGAUGAGGGUGUUCGGGAUCUCGCCCGCCAAAUGAUUGAAGAAGUAUGGUUUGCGCCGUUCUACACUGGUGAGAACACUGCAAGUUUCGAAACCUCCCUCACCGAACAUGUGUCACUGGUCAUUCAAACAGUAAAGGCAGGUACUGUAACGGAGAUCUUGGAUAAGGUGUUCCAGACUAUUCUCAAACCCGGCAAUAAAUCUCUCGAGGGGCCGUUUGGUGUCUGUUCGAGACUUGUCGGUAUCAUGUUUGGCUUGAUUGAUAAUCCCGAUUCGGAAGACGCUACCGUGCCAUCCGGUCGCGAUGCGCUGCAGGUUCUUACCAUUUUCGCGAAAGCCGACCCAAAGCUGUUCAACUUUGAGCAGAUCAAGCUUCUCAAGACACAGCUUGCCAGUUUUACAGGUGCAGACGAACUCGCCGCAUUCCGAGCUGUUACGGUAAUCUACAAAAGAGUACUACCACAGCUGCCAAACGUUCACACUGAAUUCUUGGCCGAGGUGCGAUUGCAGCUGCUUAAAGGCAUUGGUAAAAUCUCUUCACGCGGAGCGUUGGAUGACUUGAUUGCCUGUGCACACACUGUAUGCGAACUACUCAAAGACUUCGCACCCCUGGGGAAUCUCGUUGCGUCAAGCUUGAUGGGAAUCCAAAGGCUGAGCAAGUCGCCUUUGGACCCCAAACGACUCAACCAUGUGGCCGCUUAUUCAAUCAUUGUAGGCAGUGUUGCAAAGCAUUGUGAUUUGGACAAGCAGGCGCACAUCUUCCGAGACAAGUUUCCCGGCUGGAAGGGAGACUCGGUUCCAAAGCUAAUUGUCGACAUUCUCUCACCAUUUUCCUCACCACAACAGCCACUGGAUGCUCGAAAAGCAUCAAUUGAAGCCAUUGGACUCGUUUGUCAGUCUUGGCCUCGCAAUUACGUACUCGUCAAAGUUUACACGGCAUUUCAACAAGUAUUCCAGGACAAGAUCCCCAUUCUUGAGACCAUGAUUCUGAGAUCUUUCAAAGAAUUUCUUGUCACAGAGGAGAGGCGCUCUGAAGCUGCUGCCGAAGCUCCAAAGGAAAAGAAGAAGGAGCUGACAGUAAUGGGAGGCACCAAUUUUGAUGAUGUUGCCAGUGCAACCACACAGCGCUUUCUGAAAGAUAUUAGUCGAAUUGCCUUGUCAAGUCAAGAUGAGCAUGCAUUCUUGGCUAUGGAAGUUCUGGGAAGCAUCAAUCGCCAAGGUUUAACCCACCCCAAAGAGACUGGCGUCACGUUAAUAACCCUGGAGACAUCCGCAAACAGGAAAAUAGCGGAACUGGCUUUCAUGGAGCACCGAUCCCUGCACGAGAAACAUGAGACAGUCCUGGAGAGAGAGUAUGUCAAGGCUGUGCAAUCCGCGUACAAUUAUCAGCGAGAUAUUGUCAAGGACUCGCAUGGGGCGACCAUGGAUCCCUUCCAGUCGAAGCUUCACCUACUUAUGGAGGUAUUGAAGAUUAGCAAGAUGAAGAAUCGCCAACGAUUUUUGGAAAAAUUCGUCGGACAGGCAGACUUUGAUCUGGCGAAGCUGAAUGUCAAAGCCGACAUGCCACAUCAGGUGGACUUUGCUCGAUUCAUUGCUGAAAACCUUGCUUUUUUCGAGUACCAUUCGAUUGGAGAGUUGCAGACUACAGUCAAUACGAUUGAAAAGAUGGUAGCAAGCACUGGCGCGACUGUCGCCCAAGCGAUUGAAUCCGAAGUGUUCAAUGUGCGCAUGGAUGUCGAUCAGCGAGAGCAGACUCAAAAGCCGUUGGAAGGAGAUGGAGCUAUUACUGUUGCACUGAUUGAUGGAAAUCCGUCUGACAUGGCACCUCCAGCCGCGCCAGCGCCAGCUCUCUCAGUAGAACCACAACGCUUGCGACAACUGACAGCUGGAUCUAUUAUCUUGCUUUCCCUUUGGGAGGUGCGGACUCAUCUGCGCAGACUCUUUGGUAUGGGUACGAACCGACAUGAUAGCCGUGCCAAGGCUUUAGCAAAGGACCUCAACAAGACACCACUAAAGGUGCAAGGUGUGCACGGCGAGAGGGUGUGGGAAGAAAUUGUAUCACACAUGAACGGGCUCUCAAACCAGGAGAGCAUGGUACAAAAAUGCAAAGCAUUUGUGGAACUGAUGAAUGUGGACAAGGAGUUCAAGGUGGCGGAGGAGGACGAUGAAAUGGCCAUGAAUGGCCCAGGAACUCCAAGUGAAGGCGAGGAUGACGACGACGGAGGUGAUAGAGGCCGCAAGAGAAAGGCUACGGGAACUCCAGGCGGACGCAAAAAGAGAGCACGGUCAGGCUCGCAGACACGCAAGAGAGGUCGACCACGCAAGCAAAGCGCGGACCAAAGCGACGAUGGGGAAUUUGACGGAGAUUGGAUCUAG